CAACCGUGUACCGUGACUAUCGGCUUCCUUAUCAGACAACUGUGGCAUAUUUCCUGAAUAAAACAAGCAGAACUCAGGUAUUGUAUUGACGUUUCAAUUGGUGUUUGUUAUUGCUAAAGCUGUGAUUGUUAGUACUUUGUUUAAACCAAUUUGGUAUUUUGCAAUUCAUCUAAUCUUAUAUCAGUCUCUUCUUUGAACUCAUGGUAUGGCUAUAUAUCUUCGGUCACAUCUGAUUACUCAUCAUAUACUUGCAUAUCAUGUUUGGUAAUUUGGACUCGGGCUCGUUAAACGAUAGCGAUUCUUCAAAAUCUUUUGGUAAUAAAGGUAAUAUCCAUGAAGGAGAAUACGUGUCAAUCCCUUCGAGAAAUUCCCUACCUAUAAACCGUACGACUACCACUACCACUGCUAAUGAAAGUUCCACUUGUAAUACUCCAAUCAGAAUCGAUUCCCCGAUUUCCCUAGUUGGGGAUUCUAUGAAUGAUCAAAAAAAUGUGCCAUCAUCGUCAUCGGCAUCUCCUCAACCAGAAGCUAAUGAUUAUAUUCCCAAUCUAAUUCAUAAAUGGACUCAUACUCAUUCAAUUCUCUGUGUUGUACCUGCUCCCCUGAAAAAAUUGAUUUUCUGUGGUACUCAAGAUGCUAAAAUUUUGGUCUUCGAUCUUGUUAAUUAUACUUUGAAGUUUGUUAUAAAUUGUGGUCAUCAAGAUUAUACUGCUUCGAUUCUUUGUUUAACCUUAAGUAGCGAUGAGAAUUUCUUAUUUGGAGCAGGUUCAGAUUCUUUAGUUAAAGUUUGGAACUUGUCUUCUUUAAAUUGUUCUACUACUUCGGUUAAAACUGUUCAUUGUUCUCAUAUCAUUUAUUCUUUAGUUGAUAUUGGUGAUAUUUUUUCAAUUAGUUGGUCUGAUUCUUUAUCAACUUUAUUCAUUGGUGCUCAAAAUGCUUCCAUCUCCUGGUGUUCAAUAAAUUUAAGUAAUAUAACUGAUAUUACCGAAAAAUUAAAUUCUUCUAACUUAAACGAUGAUUUUUCAAAAACCGAUAGUUCAGUGAUCAACCGUUUGCCUCAUUUUAGAUUCGAUAAAUUUUUUGAUUCAAAGGGCCCUGGUGGCUCGAUUAAUAGAAUUCAAUCUCAGCAUCAAUUAUUAAGAAAUUCUCAAAAUGAACAAUCAAAAAAUUCAAAAUCUGGUCCCAAAUUAAUCGAAGUUAAACACGAUGAUAUUAUUAGAUUUGCUCAUAAUGGUUAUGUCUAUUGUAUGGAUAUCAUUAAUCAAAAUGAGGUUUUCCCAUCAAAUAAAGCUAAUGAUUUCUUUGACAUAUAUGGUGAUACUUUCAAAGAAUUAUUAAUUAGUUGUGGUGGCGAUGGUAAUAUAAAUAUUUGGGGUGUUAAUGAUAUCGAUGGACUUAUAACCUUGGAAAAUUUAAAAUCUCUAGAAAAUGAUGAAUCAAUUCUUUCAAUGUCAAUUCAAGAUUCUUAUUUAUAUGUUGGUUUAACCGACUCUACUAUUAAUGUAUGGGAUUUAAUGACUUUUCAAUUAAUUAGUGUUAUUAAUUCAACUCCCUCCAAAAUUCAAAAAAAUUCUUAUGAUGAAGUUUUAAGUUUAGGCAUAUUCAAUGAUUGCAUCUUUAAAGCUUCCAAUUUAGGCGGCUUAAUUAAAUUCACCUUGAAAAACUAUCCUGCAAAACAACGUACUAAAACAGAAGAGGAGCAAGGUAAUAAUAAUUAUUCAAAUUUCAGUACUCAUAUCGUUCAAGAUUUACAUUUAACCCAUUUCAUUUCUUCAGAAGAUGAACGUUAUAAUAAGUUCUUUGAUAAGUCUCAUAAUUCAGUACUCACAAUUAAAAUUUUCACUAUUGAAGAUAAAACUUUUCUAAUACUGGGCGGUGUUAGGGCACUUUGUCUUUGGGAUGUAAGUGAUAAUUCAAUUGCUGGGUUGAGUGGUCAACAUUCUCGCUCAAGUGAUAAUACUUCAUUAUUCGAAGAUUAUAAUAUUUCAAAUGAUGAUCUAUUAAAAUCAUUGAAAAAAUAUAUUUCUUUCAAAACAAUCUCUAAAUAUCCAACUAUUUAUUUAGAAGAUUCAAGGCAUUGUGCACAAUUUUUAAGCAAGCUUUUGAUAAGUCUUGGUGCUACUAAGACAAAACUUUUACCAGUCACUAAUGCUAACCCGGUUAUCUACUCAAAAUUCACUAGAAAUGCUAAAAACUCAAAUAAUACUAGAGUCUUGUGGUAUGCUCAUUAUGAUGUCGUGGAAGCAACUGCUGAUCUCGAAAAUUGGGAUUCAGAUCCUUUCCAUUUAAGCGCAAGGGACGGUAAUUUAUUUGCUCGUGGUGUUUCUGAUAAUAAAGGUCCAACAUUAGCAGCCAUUUAUGCUGUUUCAGAAUUAUAUCGAAAUCAAGAACUUUCAUGUGAUGUUGUUUUCAUUAUAGAAGGUGAAGAAGAAUGUGGAUCAAUUGGAUUUCAAGAUGUUAUUGAAAGCAAUAAAGAAUUAAUCGGACCAAUAGAUUGGGUUUUACUAUCAAAUUCUUACUGGUUAGAUGACGAAACUCCUUGUUUAAAUUAUGGUUUAAGAGGUGUUGUUAACAUUUCGAUCACUGUUGAAUCAGAGAAACCUGAUAGACAUUCAGGAGUUGAUGGUGGGGUUCUGAAAGAACCCACUAUGGAUCUCAUUCAAAUUUUAGGACAAAUCAUGAAUAAAAAGACUAACAAAGUUAAUAUUCCUCAUUUUUAUGAUGAUGUUUUACCAUUAACUGAAACAGAAAUAGAAAUCUAUAAAAAAAUUGAAAAUGCAGCAAUUAGUAAAAAGAUUACCAAUCAAGAUUUAAAAUCUUUAAUGGCCAAAUGGAGAAAUCCAUCCUUGACUGUUCAUAAGAUCCAAGUUUCUGGACCAAAUAAUAAUACAGUAAUUCCUCAAACUGCCAAAGCAUCAAUAUCAAUUAGGGUAGUUCCAAAUCAAGAGUUACAAAAAAUUAAAAACCUGUUAAUUGAAUUUUUACACAGUGAAUUUAAUUCGUUAGAAUCCGAUAAUAAAUUAUCGAUAAAUAUUUUCCAUGAAGCUGAACCAUGGUUGGGUGACCCAUCAAAUCUAGUUUACAAGAUUUUGUAUGAAAAGAUUAAAAAGAAUUGGGGUAAAGAUGUUCCAGAUCCAUUAUUUAUUAGAGAAGGUGGAUCAAUUCCUUCGAUCAGAUUUUUGGAAAAAUGUUUUGAUGCACCAGCUGCACAAAUACCUUGUGGUCAAGCAAGUGAUAAUGCACAUUUAAAGAAUGAAAAAUUAAGGAUUGUUAACUUGUAUAAAUUAAGAAGUAUUUUAACUGAUACUUUAAAGGAAUUGGGUAAAUAGAGUAAAAUAUACAAGUAAUAAAAUUUUAAGGUGAAUCGUAG